AUGGAUUCGAGUUUUGUGGACAGAGCUUGGCUUAAAUGGGUUACGGCGGAUCAUGUCGGAUCUUCCGGAAGUCCAUUGAAAGCUGCUGUUUUGAUUAACUAUGAUCCUACAGGACCUUCUCGUCUCUUAUCAACAAUAGCUCAACAAGAAGGGAUUAAUCUGUAUCCAAUUGAGUUGAAGCAAUUCAUCGAUUUCAUGAGACGCGGCAAUCUUACUACCGAGACCUUUGUUCUUGGAUCCAAACAAUACUUAGUAACAUCAGUACACGAGGAUUGGUUCGCUGCUCGGUGCUUAAACACUACACAGCCUGCUGGUGAAGGAGUUAUUGUUAUGCAGACCGCGGUUUACGUAUUGGUUGCUCUAUAUGAUGGAUCAAUUGGUUCGGCUUCUGAAGCAAUGGCUGCGGCUGAUCAGCUUGCAUCGGAGUUGAGUCGGAAAAACUUCUAG